AUGUUUAGUCUACCACAACAAACCUUUAAAAGAGGUAUUGGGUUGUUGUUGAAUCAUCAAUUUUCAUCAAACAUCACAUCUAUACGUAAUGUAUCAGCAAAAAUCACAUCCAUUCAUGCCAUAACUUCAUUGAAAACAACAGCACCAACAAGAAAUCAUACGGUUCAAGAAAGUACCAAAAGAAAAUUAUUAUUAGAAAGACCAGGAUUAUUUGCCAUUAAACGAGGAAUGAUUACUUGGUUUAAUGAAAAAGGUGAACAUAUUCCAGCAACAGUUUUAGAAGUAGAUUCUUGUGAAGUUUUAGGAUAUAAAUUAUUUAGAGAUUUUGGUUAUACUGCUGUUAUAAUGGGUACCAUUGAUAAAUUGAAAAAUGUUAAAUCAACUAACGAUUUAAGAAUUUUUGAAACGGCAAAAGUUUCUCCCAAACAAAAAAUUGGUGAAUUUAAAAUUCGUUCCAUUGAUAAUGACAUUGAAUCAAAAUUAAUCCCUGUGGGUACAGAAUUAACUGCUGAUUACUUCACCGUAGGACAAAAAGUUGAUGUUAAAGGUAUAACUAAAGGUAAAGGUUUUGCUGGGGUUAUGAAACGUUGGGGAUUUUCUGGUGGUAGAGCUACUCAUGGUACUUCAAAAGCUCAUCGUACUCCUGGUGCUACUGGGGGGAAUCAAAAUCCUGGUCGUGUUUUCCCUGGUAAAAAAAUGCCGGGAAGAAUGGGUAAUCGAAAUAAUACUGGAUUCAAUUUAGAAGUUUUACAUACUGAUGGUGAAGCAGGAAUAUUGAUUGUUAAAGGGAAUGUUCCUGGUCCUAAAAAAUCAAUUAUUAAAGUCUAUGAUGCUAUAAAAGAAUAUGGUAACUCUAUAAAUAAUACCAUCAAUCAAGAAUAG